AUGGCCGUUGUUAAGGAGUUCUUGUUCGUCAAUUCUGGCAACAAGUCCAGUGCCGGACACAAGAUCUCUACCACAGGUCGUGCCUUUGUUAUCAGGAAGGCUAGAGCUGCUCAGCCAUGGUCGACCAAGAGCAAGGCUGGCCGAAAACGUGCUCCUUUCGGCUUUGACGGCUCCCAAAACGCGACUGCCAGCAGCAACAGUAGCGGUUCUGACAGCCCAGAUGGUGCUCCAGCUAACAACACACUGUCUGAUGGUAAGCACAGUGCGAGGAUCGCAGAGGACGUGCCCGUAGCUGUUGCUCCCCAGCGGAUUCAGGACGAGGGGAAUCCGAAGCCGAAGCGAGGCAAGGGAGAUUUGGUGGGAAAUUCCAGGACCACCAUGCCAAUAACAUUUCCGAUCAUGUACAGUGUGUUCAUUGCGGAUACGCCGUUGGCCUAUGCAUCUGUCAAGCUGGGGGCCACCCUGGUGUCCCAAGCACAAACACUGAGUGGUCGGUUGGAUCCUUUUGGCACUGUGUCAGUAAGAAUGGGCCAACGUGAUACCGAUUUGCUGGCGUAUUUCAACACGGUGAUCAUCAAGACUCUCACACCUCUGACAGGUGGCCAGUCCCCCGAGGCGGAAAAGUACUGGGUGACAGUCUCCUUUGGGAACUGCGGCUUUCUGCAUGGAGUCUUGUGCCUUUCAGCCCUGCAGCUGGCUGUGGCCCAGCCUCACAAGUCCCCAACGUUACUGGAGCAGUUCAUGCACCACCGCAUCCAAGCCAUCUCCCACAUUCAGGCUGCCCUGGCUGACCCAUCGCGGGCCUUGAGCGACGAGAACAUUGCCACAGUCUUCCACAUGCUCUGCAUCGAGGAGAACCUGUUUCUCCACGCUGGCGACUCACUGAGAGACCACCCAGCAUGGAAGCACCUCCAACCAGACGUCUCCCAGCGCCAGGCCCAUCUGGCAGGGCUGAAGAGAAUGCUGUUCUUGCGCGGAGGCAUAGCCCGUCUUGACGGAAUGAAGGGUCUCCAGGCCUUCAUCAUCAGAUGGGUGUGCACCUCUCUAGCCUGCCGCCUCGUCUUCAGCCUGCCUCCUCCAUCCCAUCCAAGCCAAUACCUCUACCAACCCACAAACAGAAACGAGCUCUCUGCUGCCCAUUUCUCCGACCACACUUUCGCCGCCUCCCACCUCUUACCUCACGGCCUCCUCAAAAAGCUCUACAACUACCCACAUUCCUCCCCAUUCUACCAAGCCGGCUCAGCAAUGGCAACCGCAUGCGCGUCUCUCGGGGUAUCACGCGAUCUAAUCAACCACAUCACCACCCUCGACUGUCUCCUCCGUGACUCAUUAGCAUGGUACAUAUCCCGCCCAACAAGCCAAUGGGACGCCCUCGACAUCCAGAAUCUGAUCUCCAUCGGUUUAGGGGAGCUGAUCCACUUCAUCCUCCGCGAGGAAACAGCCCUCUCCGCGACAGAAAACGUCAUUGCUAUAUGCCUCUUUGUCUUCACCUUCUUCGUUGGCAACGGUGCUCACGCCGCUUGCUCUCCUCUACCGGGGAUCAUGCCACGUUUGAGGCAUCAUUUUACUGAUGCUGAGCUGUCACCGAACUUGAAGAGGAUAGGGAUUGAGACGUGGGUGGGAUUCGUGCUGUUGAUUGCUAGUAGUCAGAAUCCGGAGAGCGAGGAGUUUUUCUUUCGGUUUAUGGUGGAGAUGUUGGGGGAUAGGGGGGUGGGGGAUUAUGAGGGGUUUAGGGGUUCGAUGGUGGAUAGGGGGGUUUGGACGCCUGUUGUGGAGCCGCAUGCUGUUAAGGCUUGGGGGGAGCUGGAGGGGCCGUUGGGGGAGUAUAGGAGUGGGAGAAGGGAGAUUUGGGAGGUGAGGAGAGGAAGGGUGGAGGUGGGGGAGGAACAGGGGGUGAGUAUACCGAUGAGUAACCCUUAUGCGACGAGUCAUAUGAAGAAGAUUUUUAGUAGGGAUGGAGAGGGUGUCAAGGUUGUUGUGUGA